AUGAGGAGGACAUUCAUUCUUCGAAUCGGAUCUUUUACCCCCCCCAAAGAAGAUUCUACGAUCCCAAGUUUCUGCCCAGCGUGGAAGGAGUAUGGUAUUCUCCCUCGAACGAUAGACGUCUUCCAUGACGGGAGUGUCUUGUUAGUUGAUGCUCCUGGUCAUCUUCCCGGACAUUUGAAUAUCCUUGCACGCGUUGAGGAGAGUAAAUUCGUUUAUCUUGCUGGGGAUGCAUGUCAUGAUCGGCAUCUUUUGAGAGGAGAGAAAAGUCAUGUAUGCUGUAUUCAUAUUGACAAGGCAGAAGCUGAGAAGACUAUUGAUAUGGUAAGGGGUCUGGAAGAACAGGGAGUUGAGGUUAUAUUUGCGCAUGAUAUUGAAUGGGAAGAGAACCCCGAGAAUCGAGAAAGAUUCUUUCACUGA